UCGCUCUCUCUCUCUCUCUCUCUCAUUUCUCCACAAAAUCAAACACCCUUUUCCUUCCUAAAUCUACAUUCCUCAAAACCCCAUCAAUUUUUUUACCAAAAAAAAAACCAAUUUCCAUGGAAGACGACGACGACAACAGAGACGCUCUGUUGUCAAACCGAUCAAACAAGAAGUUCAUGCGGUGCGUGUCGCACGCGCAGGACGAGCUCCAGAGCUUCCGAUCGUACCUCCGGUGGAUGUGCGUCGACCAGUCCAGCGCCUGGACGGCGUGCCUCUCGUGGUCGAUGUUCGUCCUCUUCACCGUCGUCGUCCCCGCCGCUUCCCACUUCCUGAUCGCCUGCGCCUCCUGCGACUCCAAGCACGCCCGCCCCUACGACCCCGUCGUCCAGCUCUCCCUCAGCGCCGUCGCGACGCUGUCGUUUGUCUGCCUCUCCAAUUUCGUCAGGAGGUACGGCCUGAGGAGGUUCUUGUUCUUUGAUAAGCUUUGGGAUGACAGCGAGACCGUUAGGAAGAGAUAUACGGAACAACUCAAUAGAUCACUAAAAAUUUUGUCCAUCUUUGUGGUCCCAUGCUUCUUGGCCGAGAGUGCAUACAAGAUAUGGUGGUACGCAUCAGGAGCUUCGCAAAUACCCUUUUUGGGCAAUGUUGUGGUGAGCGACUUCGUAGCAUGCGUGAUGGAGCUCUGCUCUUGGCUCUAUCGAACGACGAUCAUUUUCCUCGUUUGUGUUCUCUUCCGUCUGAUUUGCCACCUCCAGAUCCUACGGCUCCAAGACUUCGCCACGGUCUUCCACGUCGACUCCGAUGUGGGGUCCAUCCUAGCUGAGCACCUUCGGAUCAGGAGGCAUCUACGGAUCAUAAGCCACCGAUUUCGAGCCUUCAUUUUAUGUGCGUUGAUUUUGGUGACCUGUAGUCAAUUUGCUUCUCUCUUGACCUCCACCACCAUCAAAUCCCGUGUUGACUUUAAUCUUUUCAAGACCGGUGAACUUACGCUAUGCUCCAUGACGCUACUUGCAGCCAUCCUCAUCCUACUACGCAGUGCAACAAAGAUCACUCACAAGGCACAAGCAAUCACAUGCCUUGCGUCCAAGUGGCACAUCUGUGCGACGUUGGAUUCCUUCGAUGCGGUCGAUGGCGAGACCCCCACGGCUGAUGCCACGACCCACCAAGCGUUCCCGGCGGGUGCUGAAGUAGAAUCCGGCGAUGACGACAAUGACGAAGAUGGUGAAGAGGAUGACGUAGACAAUACCAAGUUCAUACCGGCCUAUGCUUACAGCACAAUUUCAUUUCAAAAGAGACAAGCUCUAGUGACGUAUUUUGAGAACAAUAGAGCAGGAAUUACGGUCUUUGGGUUCACAUUGGACAGAUCCACAAUUCACAGCAUAUUUGGUCUUGAGCUUGCUUUGGUACUCUGGUUACUUGGAAAAACCAUUAGCGCUUUAUAGAAAGUUAAAAAGGAGAUUCCUUAAAAAAAAUAUAAUAAUGAUUUAAAGAUUAAAAACGCGCACUACCGACCCGAGGCUCCACGUAGAAAGACCCAAGAAACCCAAGUUAAAAUUGUCAAUAACAAUUUGUAGUUAUCUGCAUGAGAAUCAUCGUCAAAAAUAGUGAUGAAAAGAAAAUGAAGUUGGCCAGUGACUGCAGAUAAGGAUUGCUUAUAGAAAAGGAAAAUUGAACUUUGAAGAAAAAAAAACCCCAUUUGGUUGCAGUCCAGAAAUUGUUGUUGGCAGAUUUUAUUUAUUUGUUUAGUUAUUUAAUUUUGUGCAAUUGGAGCUUGUAAAUUAAUUGUAUGA